AUGGAAAGCUACAAAGCAAUGAUAAUACUUUUGGCAGUGAUGUUAAUGUCAUAUGUCCCAUUUGCACCUGCAGUCAUAGAUUGCCCAAUAGUGAACCAGCUAUUCUCAGCAUGCUCCAUAUUCAUCACAUAUGGCUCGCCAGACCCCAUGCCAGGAACACCAUGUUGUGAUGCAAUGUCUGGAUUGAACAUCAUUGCUAAUGCUAACUCUGGUGACAAUAGGCAAUCUGUUUGUAGGUGCUUAAUGGGCCUCAUUGAAACCUACAACCCAAAUGCCACGGCUAUUGGUACCUUACCGGGCCUCUGCGGUGUCUCUUUGGGCUUCACCAUUGAUCCUAACACAAACUGCGGUUUCUAG